AUGGCAGCGGUUGUGACGGCUGGUACUGGAAUGACUCCAUCUUAUCCAAUGGCCUCUUUGUAUGUUGGUGAUUUGCAUCCGGAUGUAACUGAGGCUAUGCUAUUCGAGAAAUUCAGUAGCGCUGGUCCAGUUCUCUCUAUUCGUGUAUGCCGUGACGCUAUCACAAGACGUUCACUGGGUUAUGCGUAUGUAAAUUUUCAACAGCCUGCAGAUGCAGAGAGAGCCUUGGACACAAUGAACUUUGACAUGAUGUAUGGCAAACCCAUACGUAUUAUGUGGUCGCAGCGUGAUCCGUCGAUGCGCCGAUCUGGUGCGGGCAAUAUUUUCAUCAAAAAUUUGGAUAAAAGCAUUGACAACAAAGCCAUCUAUGACACAUUUUCGAUGUUUGGGAAUAUCCUUAGUUGCAAGGUUGCGAACGAUGAAGAGUCUAAUAGCAAAGGAUAUGGCUUUGUCCACUUUGAGACUGAAGAAAGUGCGCAGAAAGCUAUAGAAAAAGUGAAUGGUAUGCUUCUGGAAGGAAAGAAAGUGUACGUAGGGAAGUUCCAGCCGCGAACCGCACGUCUGCGUGAAAUGGGCGAAACGGCUCGUCGUUUCACUAAUGUCUACAUAAAAAAUUUUGCGGAUGAACUAAAUAAGGAGAGUUUGGAAAAACUCUUUUCCAAAUUUGGCAAGAUAACAAGUGCAGCUGUUAUGACUGAUGGUGAAGGGAAGUCCAAGGGUUUUGGUUUCGUAGCAUUUGAAAACCCGGAGGAUGCUGAGAAGGCAGUAUCAGAAAUGCACGAAUAUGAGCUCCCAGGAUCAGAACGCAAAUUAUAUGUUUGCCGUGCCCAGAAAAAGAACGAGCGUUCUGCAGAACUCAAACGUCGUUAUGAACAGCAGAAGGUGGAGCGCAUGCAGCGUUAUCAGGGAGUUAAUCUGUAUGUGAAAAACUUGGAUGAUACUGUGAAUGACGACGUCUUGAAGCAGAAUUUCGAAGCAUAUGGAAAGAUUACUUCAGCUAAGGUUAUGUGCGAUGAUAACGGUCGUUCCAAAGGAUUUGGCUUUGUUUGCUUCGAGAAACCAGAUGAAGCAACGAAAGCAGUAACUGAAAUGAAUGGCAAAAUGAUGUGCACAAAGCCUUUAUAUGUAGCAUUGGCACAACGUAAAGAAGAUCGUAAGGCACAGUUGGCAUCUCAAUAUAUGCAGCGCCUUGCAUCUAUCCGUAUGCACAAUGCAGGCACAAUGCCUGGUACAGUUUAUACUCCUGGAACUGGAGGUUUCUUCGUUUCAUCAGCAUUGCAAAAUCAGCGUGCUUUUGUACCGGCUGCAACUCUUCCUGGUGCACAGAUGAGGGGAACCACACCGCGUUGGAAUACUCUUGGCGCUACUGCUGGAUUCGGCGUGCAAUCACCAUAUAUGGUCCAAGGUGGUGGAUAUGGGCAAGCUGGUAGAGGUGGUAGCCGUCAGACAGCUUCAUCUGCUGCUGUAGCUAUGAGAGCUCAACAAGCACAGUAUGGGUCUGGUCAGGGUGGUGUUUCACGUGCAGGUCCACAGGCGCAGCGCAUGGCUAGCAUAGUUCAAAAUCAGGGUGGGCGUUCGCAGCAAAUGGGACGACAGUCUCAGCCAGGAAAACCUGGUCAGGGUCAGCAGAUAUUGUAUCCGUCCUACAGCACAAUGACCGGACGUCCGGGUCAGGUUCAGUCGCAGCAGAAUAGCAUCGUUGUACAAGGUCAGGAACCGCUCACAGCUCAUAUGCUUGCACAAGCUUUGCCACAGGAGCAAAAGCAGAUGUUGGGAGAACGAAUUUAUCCCCUCAUUGAGCGCAUCUACCAAGGCCCGGAUGUUGGUAAAAUAACAGGAAUGAUGCUUGAAAUGGACAACUCCGAGCUGUUGAUGAUGUUAGAAAAUGAAGAACUGUUGCAGUCAAAAGUUUCGGAAGCUGCUUCGGUGCUUGCAUCAAAUAAGAGCCAGAAUCCGUGA